AGAGCCGCUCUCAGUCAGAGUUUGUCAGGAGAGCUCAGGAACAUGGCUUCACCCUUUCUCUGCUUCACCCUCCUCUUCCUCACUCUCUGCACAGCAGAUGGAUAUGAACAUUACACUUCAACUCGCUGCCUGUUUAACUCCACUGAGCUGAAGGACAUGGAGCUCAUCAGAUCUUAUUAUUACAACAAGCUGGAGUAUGUCAGGUUCAGCAGCAGUGUGGGGAAGUUUGUAGGAUACACUGAGUUUGGUGUGAAGAAUGCAGAAUACUGGAACAAUGAUUAUGGACAGCUCGCUCAAAUGAGAGCUGAGAAGAAGAGGUCCUGCCAAUACUACUGUCGGCUCUGGUACACAAAUGUUCUGACAAAAUCAGUGAAACCAUCAGUCAGACUUCACUCCACGACGCCCCCUGGUGGUCAUCAUCCUGCCAUGUUGGUGUGCAGCGUCUAUAACUUCUACCCCAAACAAAUCAAAGUCAGCUGGUUGAGAGACGGACAGGAAGUGACCUCUGACAUCACUUCUACUGAAGAGUAUGCAAACGCUGAUUGGCUCUACCAGGUCCACUCCAAAUUAGAGUACCUGCCCAGGUCUGGACAGAAGAUCUCCUGUGUGGUGGAGCACGCCAGUCUGAAGGAACCUCUGAUUAUUGACUGGGUCCCACCCAUGCCUGAAACAGAGAGAUUGGUCAUUGUUGGAGCUGUAGGAAUGAUCCUGGGUCUGAUCAUAUUUCUGGCUGGAGUCAUCUACACAAGGAAGAGUGGAGAUCCAUCUUCAUCUCACAGGUUCAGUGAGAAGCAUGCAGAGAGCUGGAACAAAGAUCCGGCAGCUCUGAGCUUGUGGAGACCUCAGAAGGAGAUGGUCCACAAAUCCGGCUCUGAGCUCUGCUACACAAAUGUUCUGUCUAAGUCAGUCAUGCCGUCAGUCAGACUUCAGGCCAUGACGCCCCCUGGUGGUCAUCAUCUUCCCUUGUUGCUCUGCAGCGUCUAUGACUUCUACCACAAACAGGUCAAGAAAAAAGGACAGGAAGUCGCCACUGAUGUCACUAAUAGCGGUGGGACAGCAGGAGCUGAUGGGCUUUGUCAGGCUUUAGUAGACCACCUGGCCUCCAGGUGAGUCCAUGUCAGGUCUGAAGUGACUGACAUGGUGAAGAAGCAAAUGUUUUUAAUAAAUUCAAUUCAAUUCAAUUCAAUUCAAUUCAAUUCAAUUUUAUUUAUAUAGCGCCAAAUCUCAACAAACAGU